CUCCUUUCUCUAGCUGUCGAAGAAACCCUACCUCUCCCCUCGAAGUCCUCGCUCUCGUCUCGUGCUCUCCGCUCGAUCCGUCGUGAGUUCUCCGGGCCGUCCGAGAUCUACCGCUUCUGUUUGUUCUCGACAUCGGAUCUUGAUUCCUGACCCUAGUUUUUCUCCGCAUCUUCAGUUGAAAUUUUUGCAGAGUUAAUUAAAACUUAUGGAGCAUGAAGGAUGCAAGAUGAACACUCCUACUAACUUGGGGUCUGGGGUGACACUGCCUGUGAUGUCAAACAAGAAAGAUUCGGAUAGCGAAUCUCUUGAAGACAUGAAAAUUGAUCAAAAGCAAGGACUUGGAAGUAGCCUUGCAACUCCAACACCUGAGAAACCUGAGUGGAGCAGCAAAGCAAGAGUAAUUUCUUCUCUUUCUAGGAAACAACUUGCUGAAGAUUUAAGAAAUGAAGAGCCAGUCGAAAAAAAUGGUCUUUCGCAUGGACAAAAGAAGGAACAUAAAUCAGAUGAACUUCCAGAGAAUUACCAGAUUUUGGCUGAACUAUUUAGUCGAUUAGAGACUUCUACAAGGUUGCUUGGGUUGCGUAAGUUGUUGCCAACUUUUCGCAACAUUUGCACACAGGUGGAGGUCUUGACGAAGAGGAAGAUUCUAUACAGCCAUAUUGCACAGAUGAAAUAUAUCUUCCCUGAAGCAAUUCAGACAGAAAAGAUACUUGUACAUGACAAGGAGAGCUUAUUAGUCAUUUCAGAUAUGAAGAUUACUCUACUAAAAGAGGUUGCGGAUCAUAAUUCACAUUCCUGCCAAUCUGCAUCCGUCGCUUUAUGCAAAACCUUUCGUGCAAGGCUCUUGGAUUUCUUCAUUACACAUCCAGAGGGUACUGAUAUCCCUGAGGCCGAGCUACCAGAGCCAUUCAAUCAAAGAAGCCAUAGUCUGCCUCUAGAAUUAUUACCUGAGAAUUCUUGCAUUGAACCACUAGAAAUUUCUGCUGAGCUUGGAUUCUUGUCAAAUUCUUCUCUCUUACCAUCAUCAUUUAAAAGGCAAUUUUCUAAAAAAGGUGUCAUAUCAGAAACUCAUACAACUCAAGUACUUGCUGCUUCAGUUUCCUUUAAAUCUACAAGCAGUUGUGAUGCGGCCAAGGAGAGCAGUAGCCCCCCAAAGUUUGAUAGCCUUUCUUCUGGUUCGGCCAAAAAUUCAUCUGCUGAUAUGACCUCUAAUUCAGAUAGCCCCACGAUUUUCCAGUAUUUUGAAAGCACACCUGUGAAAGGUGCUUUACAAUUAGGCGAGAUGACAGACACUCCAGCUCAGCAGACACCCAAAAGACCAGUUCCAACUCCUCAUGAAAAGUUGACUACCGAAAGUGAAGAGUCAGUUGAUGAAGCCAGAUUGACUACGUCAGCUCGUAGGUCACUUAUUUACUCUACAAACAUGGAGGAAACUGUCAAAGGUUCAGUUACCAAUACAUCUCAGAAAUGCAUGGUUGCUGAGUAUUCUUCACAUGAAGCUCCAUCUACUAGAAGUUAUACUUGGGAAGAAGAAACUGGAAAAUCCCGUACCCAUCUGGUAGACAUGGUACAUAAUCUAACAGCUGCAAAUUCUAAGGAUUACAAGUUGGUCCAAAUGGGAGAUAGGAAGCACAAUGAGAUGCUAGCUGGUUUGUCAGAAACAUUUGAUGCAAUCUGCUUCAUUUCUCGGUCCAUCAAGUGUUCAAUAAUCACAAAGGAGGAGCUUUUACACAAAAUACUUUCUAAUAACUUGGAAAUUGAGGAGACCAGAGAAGCAGAGGAGCACUUGAGUUUAUUAGAACGUCUACUUCCAGAUUGGAUUUCUAAGAAGGCAGCAUCUAAUGGCCAGCAUUUUUAUCGCAUCGAGCAAACAUCAGAUCGAGAAGCCUUACGUGCUAAGCUACUAGAAGCUUUGUGAGAUUUUCUUUUCUUGUAAGAGUUACUUGAUUUAGUCUAAUUGCCAAUUAUGAGUGCACAAAGUUGAAAAGAACACCUGUAAGUGUUAAAAGUUUCUGUUUUAUGCUUUUUUCUAAUCAAUCAGUCUUCUUUUUCUCUUA